UGGGUGCGAUGCACAAUAAGUACCCUUUGAUUACAUAAUAACGUUAGUUAGUAUCUACACUUGUUUACAGAAUUGAGGUGUGGCAGAUCUACGACCAGUUGUCCACAGAUCGAUGUCUUGAUCGAGUUGCAGGAGAUCAAUUACUUUGCAAAACAGCGCGUGGUUUACCCACGGCACGAUGCGCACUCGCAACGACGUCGGGAACAGCUCCAAUUGCAGCGGAUGCAGCAUGUCCACAUGUGCCCAGACGGCGGCCGACACGAAUCGAGAGAGGAGGCGGUCGAGGUGUCGGGGGUGUACUUGGUGGGUGGGGGCGUGCUGCACGAGGUGGAUGUGGCUAAAUGCUUUGUGGAGCACGGGGAUGGCGUUGAUCCAGUAUGCAAUGGUCGGAUGGCGGCGGCAAAGUGCAUUCAUGCGACGUACGAGGGCGAGGGUUAGAGGCCCGGUGUACGGCGUGAUGGCGUAGAACCGCGUGACUGGCAUGCCAGCUGCCGACAACAGGAUGAUCUUGUCGCUAUGGAAGAGGAUACACACAUAUAAACAGAUACAACACUAGUGCUAAUAAGGCAUACACAUUGGACGGAUACAACUGCGCGUAGCGAAGUGAGACGGCGCCCCCCAUGGAGAUCCCGGCAAACGUGACCUUGACGGAUGGAUCGGAGUGCCAGUUGGCCCGGACGACGGCGUCGCGGACCUGGUGGACAAGCAAGGCCGGGACGUGCUCAUCGUACGAGGACAGGUACGGAGAAUGGCCGUGGCCGAUAAAGUCGACGAGGAGGACUGAGAAGCCGUGGAUGCGAUGGAGCUUCCGCGCAGUUUGCUUCCAAUCCUUGUGGCUCAUGUGCCACCCGUGAAGGAGCACAAUGCGUCGAGGCGGGUGCGACGGGUUAUGUUCUUGUGGAGCUUCCUCCAGAAGGAGGCUAAAGUACUUGGGUUGAGAGGGUACUGCAUGGCGAGAUGGCGUCGAGAGACGACGAUGGACGGUCAAGUGUGCAUGAUGCGCCAAGAAGACGGCGUGGCGGGCCAGGGAAGAAAGCGACGGGUCGUUCUUUGCGCGAUGCAGCAACGCCGUGCGGAUCCACGGCGGCAACACACACCAUCGCGCUUCGAUCUCCAAUGAAGUGCAAAGGACUUCCGCCAUGAUAUGUCGAAUGUCACACACAACCCACGUCGUUUAGAAAUUAUGGUUGUUUUAGCCAAUGAAAGGCAAGUUGGGGAUAGAAUGAGACCACAACCCAUGGUGCAAUUUACAAGUCUAUUUUGGUAGAAAAAAUGCAAAAAAACCUCGAAAUCCAUGUGAAAAUUGGUAAAAG